AGAAAAGAAGAGCUAAUCUCUACUCAACGAAAAAUGAACAGGUUUUUGGUUAAGCUUGGUUGUUUUGUUGUCCUCCUCUUGGUUUUUGCUUCAGGUCUAAAAGCUGAAUCAGAACAUCCAAACGCAGAAACAAAGUUGAUUCAACCAUUAUGCACAUCUAAUAAGCAGUGUGGUGACUGUUUAUGUGUUAACGGUUUCUGUGAUUGUAAAUCUGACUUCAAAAGAAAAGGGAUGAAGUUUGAAGAUUUCAGGGAUGAAUUACAGCUGAAUAUGCAUUGUAAGCAUGAUUCCGAUUGCCAUGGCGGCCCCGGCUGCUGGCCCCGUUGCAUAAACUUAAGAUGUCGAUGUGGAGAAUUCCAUUGACCAUGUUGUUCUAUUUGCUGGCAUUGCUCUUUGUUAUUAAGGGAGAAAAAA